AAUUAAGAAGAAGAAAAAGCGCAAAUGACAGGUAGAGAAGAGAAAAAAGGAAAGCAAAUAUUCACGGCUCUGAAAAUGAAAACUUCGCUUUGCUUCUGCGGAACAAAGAAGCAAAUCUAGACGACGACAACAAUUUGCUAACCUUCUCGAUUUCACGACGUCAAAUUUGUCUCGGGGGAGAGUAAAUGCCCGGAAAUUCGCCGUCUUCCGCCGCCGAUCCGACGCCGUUUUAGUUUCUUCACGAUCCGGGGAGCAGAGACUGGAGUAGUGAAUGCUCUAGAUCCGAGUGUCUGGUGCGGCAUUCGUCGCGUUUCGAUUGGAGUUGAAGCUUCGAGGUUUCGGGAUCGUAGUCACAGUGAGUUUUGGUGAAGCCGUAGUUUCUGGUGAUGGUAAUUCCAGUGCAGUAAGUAAUUUUGGGAAUGGUGAAUUUCGGGGUUGUGGUUUUGAGUUCAGUGGAGGUGUAGAGUGGUCAUUGGGAGCUGAAUUGCAGUGUGCGUUAGGUUUUGGGGCCGGGGCUGGUUCUGUUUUGGUGUCUGCAAUUGGCGAAAUCUAGGGUUUUAGAGGUUGGUUUAGGCGGUGAAGAUCUUAAUUUCGUUAGGUUGGGAGUGUAAUUUGAGCCUCUGCAUUUCGAAUGGUACAGUUUCUAUAACAAUUUGUGCAAUUUUUGUAUUCAAAGAUUUCGGCUUUCAGUUGACUUGGUCGUGCUCUGUAUGAUUCCCAUUUGUAACUGGAAUUGAGUUAAUUUGGUGCAAUUUGGCGCCGACGAAUCAGAGGGGUUUGGUUUCUUGGGUGAAGCGGUCGGAGCAAUUAUUAGGCGGUUAAGUUAUUUUUUAUUUUUGUAUAUGAUGAUGGGUUGCUGCUUCAAAUUGGAGAGAUUGGGGCGGCGGUUUUGAGUUUGAAAAGCUUUUAGUGGUGAGGGAUGCCUCCUUCUCCGGCAUUGAGGUCCUCUCCAGGCCGAGAGCCGAGUGGGAAUCAGCAUAGACGAGGUAGGAGUUUCGAGAGUGGAAUGAUUGUGAGAGGGAAAGAUGAAGAUCUUGCUUUGUUCAACGAAAUGCAGACCCGAGAGAAAGAGGGUUUCUUGCUUCAGUCGGAUGAUCUUGAAGACACAUUUUCUACGAAAUUGAGGCAAUUUUCGGAUUUCAAGCUGGGAAUCGCCAUUCCUACUCGGGGGGAGAGUAGUGACUUGCUUAAUGCGGAAGAAGAGAAAAAUGACUACGAGUGGUUAUUAACGCCUCCCGACACUCCUCUUUUUCGAUCCUUGGAUGAUGAGCCACCACCAGUUACUACGGUACAGAGGGGGAGACCUCGAAGUCAACCUAUUUCUAUAUCAAGAUCAUCCACGAUGGAGAAGAGUUACCGAAGCAGCAGGGGUAGUGCUAGUCCCAGUCGCCUAAGCCCAUCUCCUCGUUCUGGGAAUAGUACAUUACAGUCAAGAGGAAGGCCAUCAUCAGCACGCAACUCCAGUCCUACCCCAAGUCUACGUCCUGCUUCUCCUUCACAUCUUGCUACUCCAUCACGUUCUGCUACUUCAUCACGUCCUGGUACUCCAUCACGGAGACCAUCUACUCCCCCUAGUAAAUCCCCAUCCCCUGCUCCGAGGUCUUCUACCCCUACCCCCAGGAGGAUGAGCACCGGGUCCAGUAGUACUGUGGCUCCACCGGGGAGAAGGGGGACUUCUCCUGUAACGACAAGUAGAGGGAACUCUGCAUCACCGAAAAUAAAAGCAUGGCAAACAAAUAUUCCGGGCUUCUCCAGUGAUGCACCUCCCAACCUUCGCACUUCUCUUGCUGAUCGACCGGCAACAUAUGUGAGGGGUUCCUCUCCAGCGUCUAGAAGUGGGAGGGGUUCCUCACCUGCAUCUGGAUACAGAAGGCAAUCAAUGUCUCCAACUGCUUCAAGAAGUGUCAGUUCAUCUCAUAGUCAUGAUAGAGACCCGUUUAGUUCUCUGAGCAAAGGUUCUAUUGCCUCUUCUGGUGAUGAUGAUCUGGACUCUCUGCAAUCUCUUCCUGUGGGCAGUUUAGACCGAUCAACUCCGAAAAGAGUUUCAGCUUUCUCAAACAACAGAGCUGUGGCGUUCUCAAAGAAAUCGGCCAAACUGGUGUCCUCAUCUUCUGCUCCAAAAAGAUCUUUUGAUUCUGCCAUUCGACAAAUGGAUCAUCGGAAAACCCCUCAAAACAUGUUUAGGCCACUCUUGUCCAGUGUUCCGAGUAGCACCUUCUAUGUUGGAAAAUCAAGUUCUGUGCAUCGUCCUCUGAUUUCCAGGAACUCCUCAGUCACAACUAGCAGCAAUGCAAGUUCUGAUAUAGGUACAAGUGUUGCACAUGAUACUGAAGGGAGUGAUCACAACCAGGAUGAUAUGGCUAUUGAGUCUGAGAAGGUGCCAUACUCUGAUGGUCAUGACGAAGUAUUUGCCUUUGAUAAGAUGGAUGUAGUAAAUGAAGACACUGGGCAUGAUAUCCAUGAUGGAUCACACGACGUUGAUGACAUUGAAUUCACUAGAAGUUCUACAAUUGAGUGUUCUGGCCAUCCCAAUAUCAUGAUGGAAGUCAGUCAAACUUCUGAAGAUCCUCAUGUUAAGGGUGAUUUUUCUGAAAUCGAUAGUUUAGAAGACAUGGAACUUUGUUUGAAAUGUGGGUGCAAGUACUAUGUUUCUAAUGAGGUGGAAAGGAAAAUUAGACUUUGUCUAGAAUGCAGUAGGAAAGAUAAACUUCUGAGUGUCCUGAUUCUGGAGAGAGAUGUAGUUCCUGAAAACUCCUCACCUUUGUCUGUAAAAAAUUUGGAAGAAGAAAAGCCUUUAGAUGCAAUGGAACCAGUGAUAGUUGUACCUGGAUCUCCACAGGUGACUCAUCUGGAGAAAUCAAAGAAUUCCCAUGGUGAAGAGAAGGCUGAUCAAGGCCAAAUUACCUACAAUGAGCGAAUCCAUAAUGGCUUAGAAGAAAAUUCUCUUGCAAUGCCAUUUGUCAAGGGAGGUGAGGAUGGGCUUUCCAAGCAGCAAGAGGCGCGCUCAUUAUCUGUUGGUGGUGGUCCACCUAAUAGUGACACUGGGAAUCAGAAAUUAUAUCAUUCUAACAACUAUUCAAAGAUGAGGGAUGACAUUUCAGAAGGUACAGGCAUUUCCAUACUGCUGAAGAGGACUAGCAGUAGCAAGGGGGCUGCUUUUCAGGGUAGGACUUUCACAGCCGCUGCCAUACCUUAUGAGGAUCUGUCAUAUGCUAGAGAUAGUUCAAACAGUAUGAGAAGCUCCAUUGGGCAUGGUACUUUCUCUGCUUCAUCUUCAGUUGAUUUUAGUCCAGCUAGACAAACAGAGGCUCGUGUCCAGCGGCAGUUGAGUGGCAAGAAAUCAGAAAUGGAAACUCACAGACAGGAUACAAACAUGAGGGCUCAAAGCAUUGGGUUAUCAGACAUGGAGAUUCUUAGACAUGAUACAAGCAUGAAGCACCAAAGAGUUAGGUCAUCUUCCUAUGGACUUCCAAACUAUUCUCAUGAAGCGUUGGGUCUUUCUUCAGACACAAUUGAUGACGAGGGUACUGUUAAUAAUGGGGAAUAUGAUGUUUCGGAAGGGACGCACACAACAUCUGAAGAACACUUGCCAACUUCAGACUGUACGGAAGCAGAUGGUACCACAACUUCUACCAGAACAACUGCUGUAGAAGAGGAUGAGGAAAUCACUGUUAGAAGUACAAGAGUUGAUGCUUCUACUUCAGAACUGUCGAGCCAUGCAGCGAACAGUUUGUUAGAGAACAAUACAGUAGCAAUGUUUCCCAAUUGUGAAAAUUGUGCUUCAAAUGAAUACAGUGAAGACUUGCAAAACAAUGCGAGGAGUGCCACAAAUAUAGAAGUAUCAGCUAUAGAUCCUGAGUCUUCAUUGAACGAGGAAGAUAUCAUCCAAAACAGUAAUGGAGUGGAUGUUGAAGAGAUCACUAAUCACAGCUCCUUGAUUACAGUAUCUGAAAUAGGAAUUGAAAAGGGUCAUCACAGCACCUCUGGUUCCAGUAGCGAUGAUGCUUCACUUGAAUCAAAGAGUACCAUGGAGGAGAUUCACGAGCCUUCAAUUCCAAAUCUUUCUGACAGUAGUCUGACAUCUUCUAUUCCAGAGAUCAACACCACCAAUAAUGCACAUUGCAUCCUAGAAGAGGAAUCAACAGUAAUGGUAGAGUCUCAAGGCCGAAGCAAGGGAAGAAGCCUUACACUGGAAGAGGCAACUGAUACGAUACUCUUAUGCAGCUCCAUUGUCCAUGAUCUGGCCUACCAGGCUGCAACAAUAGCAAUAGAAAAGGAGCAGUCAGUACCAUUAGAAGGUUCACAGCCUACAGUUACAAUAUUGGGGAAAUCCAAUCCCGAGAGAAAGGAACCACGUGGCAGAACCGUCAGUAGACGCUCUGUAAAGUCUCAGAAGGGUAGGCAAAAGCGGAUGGAACCAGAUGCAGGACCCCCUGCAAGUAAGACUGAGAAUGACGAGAAUGAGAAUGAGAAUGUUGAUGAGUCUCUGCAACAACGCCCUGUAGGGCUUCCUCCUAACAAGGCAGACGGCAUGAAGCCCCCAAAGCUGGAAUCCAAGUGCAACUGCACGAUAAUGUGAAAGUAUUUAUUUCGUUCCAGUCCUGCUUACAGUGCCCCCGCCUUACACUUUGGCCACUUCGUUCAGCGGUUCCUACAUGGAGGAGAUGAUGCCGCCGAGUACUUGUAUUUUAGUGAUUUAAAUGUUUGAAGGGCUGUUUGGGCAGUUGCCAAUUGUUUGUGUUGGUUGGUUCCUAUAUAUCUGUAAGAAUGCCACGCUGUUUUGAUGACGUAAUUGUAAAGUUUUCGCUUGUCAUUAGGCUGAUAAUAGUGAGAGAUAGAGGCAUUGUUGGAGGUUUAAUUUGUGUUUUGCUCCAGCCUCCAGUUCCCACAUUCUUGUUAGUGAAUCAGUGAUUGAUUCCCUGCUC